AUGCCAACAAAACAAGCAUCUUUACAAGCAGAAAGACAGAAUAUUAUUAAUAUGUCUAGAGGUAGAUCGUUAUCUCCAUCGGCGUCGGGAGCCAAUAAUGCCAAUAGUCGUUCAUCAUCAGUAUCUAAUGAAGAAUAUAAUAAAGAACUUAAAUGGUCUAUCACUAAUCAUGAUCCACUGGAACGACUAAUUAAAUAUUCUGAUGUAAAUAAUAAUAAUAAUAAUAAUAGCAGUAAUAAUAAUAAUAAUCCCAAUUCAAUUUCUAUUACUAAUGAAAAUGAUUGGGAAAAUGAAGUAAGUGAUGAAGAACAUAUUAGUGAUGAUGAUGCUAAUGAAAAAUUUCAAUAUGAUGAUACAGGAAAUAUUCUCCCAAAUUAUGCAUGUCAAGAUGAAAUGAUUAAUGAAAUUAGUUCAAUUUUAGAAAAUUCAAAUCUAAGUGAUCAACUGACAAUUAAAAAAUUAGAACAAUUAACUGCUAGUGAACGAGCAUUUGCUAAUGCUAAAAAUAUUGGUGGUAAAAUUGAUAAAGAAGCUCUUGAUAAAUUAGCUAGUGAUAAACAAAAAUUAACUGGUUUAGAAACUCUUGAUUUAAAAAGAUCUGAUCAAGAUGCUAAUGCUAGAAGACAAAAAUUAGAGAAUUAUCAAGCUUAUAGGAGAAAAAUUAUUGAUCAAGAAAAUGGAAUUAAUUCUAAUCCUUCAAGUCCUCCACCAACUAAUGCAACUUUAAAUACUCCAACUUCAGAUACUAUUACUACUGAUAAAGAAAUUCCUCCAGUCCCAGCCAUUGUAACAACUGAUGCAACUGGUGAACCUGUAACUAAUGAAGAUGAUGAAGAUUUCUUAAUUCCUUAUACUUCUGCUGUAGAAGAUAAACUUGAUAGUGAAUUUGCUUCAAAAUUAAAUGAAACUAUUAUUGAAGGAGAAAUUGAUAGUAAUAAAUCUCAAUCAAGAGUUAUUCAAACUAUAACUAGAGGUAAUUUUUUUCAAUUAAUAAAUCCUAAAAUAAAACCAAAGAUGUUUUUAGUAUGUAUGGAUUUUUCACCAGAAUCUAUAUUUGCUUUAGAAUGGUGUCUUGGUACAGUACUUGUUGAUGGAUCUGUUUUAUUUAUUGUUUAUGUUAUUGAAGAAAAUGAUAGUAAUCAUAAUUUAAAGGGUAAUACUAAUAAUGAAAAUACUAGAGAACAAUAUCGUUUAAAUAUGUUAAACAAAGCUAAACAACAAGUAUUAAAUCUAUUAAAAUUAACUAAAUUACAAAUUCAUAUUGUUAUUGAAAUUAUUCAUCAUCCAAUUCCAAGACAUUUAAUUUUAGAAUUUAUUGAUAAUUUACAACCAACAUUAGUUGUAGUAGGUUCAAAAGGUCAAUCUGCAAUUAAGGGAGUUUUAUUAGGUUCAUUAUCUAAUUAUUUAGUAACUAAACUGUCAGUACCUGUAAUGGUUGUAAGAGAAAAAUUAAAGAAGAUUAAUAGAUUUAAAUCAGGAUCUUCAGUAUUCUCAAAUAAUAUCAAACCAUUAACAUUAUCGGAAGCUAGAAUUGAUUAA